GCAAAAGCCGCCAUCAUCAUCAUCAUCAGACGGGAGGCCAUUUUAAAACACAGCUUUAAAUUCCUAUCAGUAUUUGUUAGUUAAUACUCAAAUUACAGCACAGCACAGCACGGCACAGCACGGUACAGCAUGGCACAGCACGGCACAGCAAUAAUAGGCAGCAUGAUGGAGGUGGAGGGGGAGCUGAAUUACGAGUUAGAGGAGCAGAAGAUACAAGCAAUCCGCACCAGCAACCUGAACACUAUCCAACGCUUCCUCACCUCCGUAGAAACUGACAUCAAUGCUACCAGACAGAAAAUACACUCCAGGAUGCUCUCUAUGUGUGAGGAGAAGAAGAAGUUACAGCAGAAGAUAGAGGACACACGCCAGCGGAUCCAGCAGGCAGAGGCAAAACGCAGCAGGGACAAGGAGGAGGUACAGCAGCUGGAAAGGGAAUUGGAGAGGCUCAAGAUACAGCUGCAGGGGAAGAAGGAGGAACUGGAGGCACAGAAGAAGGUCCUAGCUACCUGUAUGGAGGAGAUAAAGAAGAAAGAGUCCCUGGUGUCAGAAACGAAGGCAGAGAACCAGGAGAAGAUGAGGCAGGCAGAACACUGUAUUGAAUUGUACAAGAAAUACCUUGGUCUGGAUAUCAUCUGUCUGCAGAACACCCUUGUCUUGAAGUUCACACAGGUGAGCCAGAUCAACCCUGAAGCGGAGUACAUGGUUCGCCUUGGGUUGGAGGAGGACAAGUACACACUGCUGGGGUCUGAGCCGCCCCUGCCCUCCCUCCCUCAGCUGCAGGAGGAGCUCAAUGCCUCGGGGAACCUCCUGGCUUGUCUUGUGCAGAUACGGAAGUUGUUUCAGAGGAUGGAGUGAAGGAGUGUGUGUGUGUGUUAAAAGGAGAGAAUGUCUGUGUGUUUGUGUGUGUGUGUGUGUGUGUGUGUGUGUGUUAAAAGGAGAGAAUGUCUGUGUGUGUUGAGAGAGAGAGAGAGAUUUGAAAGGCUGGAGUGUGUGUGUGUGUGUGUGUGUGUGUGUGGGCCCAUCACUAGAGAGAGAGAGAAUUAGUUAGCAAGACUUCCAAUGUUCUGUCAUUUACUUUAUAAUAUCAAAGUUUUAUUUCGUCUAUUCAAAUAAAAAGAUUCCUCGAA